AUGCCUGUCACAGAAGCUGCUGUCCUUGACCACACCAUGGGGAGCCUGCUGCGACUCAACCUGCUCUAUGUUGUCCUGGCCAGCCUCCUGUUACCUGGAAGAAGUAUGUUUAUUAACCAGGAACGUGCCAACAAUGUCCUGACAAGAAUUCGAAGAGCAAACUCAUUUUUUGAAGAGUUGAAGAAAGGAAAUCUGGAAAGAGAGUGUAUGGAAGAAACUUGUAGUUAUGAAGAGGCCCAUGAAGUUUUCGAAGAUAAUACAAAGACGGAUGAAUUCUGGAACAAAUAUGUAGAUGGUGACCAGUGUGACAACAAUCCUUGCCAGAAUCAAGGCAAGUGUCGUGAUGGCGUUGGGGAGUACACAUGCACCUGCUUGGAGGGAUUCGAAGGCAAAAACUGUGAAUUCUUUGUUCGGAAACUCUGCAGCCUAGACAACGGAGACUGUGACCAGUUCUGCAGUGAAGAGCAGAACACAGUGGUGUGUUCCUGUGCCAGUGGUUACUUCCUGGGUGAUGAUGGCAAAUCCUGCAUCUCCACAGUACCCUUUCCUUGUGGGAAAACCACCAUAGGACGGAUGAAGAGGUCUCUAGUCCAGAACACCAACCACAGUGAGCCUGUCCCUGAAGACUUCAUGAUGGACUUGGAUAUGCUGUCCCCUACGGAGAGUCCUUUUGAUCUGCUCAACCUCAACCAGACACAACCAGAAAGGGGCACUGAAGACGUUAUUAGGAUUGUGGGUGGCCGAGAAUGCAAAAAUGGAGAGUGUCCCUGGCAGGCUCUGCUCAUCAAUGACAACAACGAGGGGUUCUGUGGGGGCACCAUCUUGAAUGAGUUCUAUAUCCUCACGGCGGCCCACUGUCUGCACCAAGCCAAGCGAUUCAAGGUGAGGGUAGGGGAUCUUAACACAGAGCUGGAGGAAGGCAAUGAGAUGACACAUGAGGUGGAUGUGGUCAUAAAGCACAACAAGUUUGUGCUCGAUACCUACGACUUCGACAUCGCCGUGCUCAAGCUGAAGACUCCCAUCAUAUUCCGCAUGAACGUGGCCCCUGCCUGCCUGCCUGAGAAGGACUGGGCCGAGGCCACACUGAUGACACAAAAGUCAGGCAUCGUGAGUGGGUUUGGACGCACACAUGAGAAGGGUCGCCAGUCAAACGUCUUAAAGAUGAUGGAGGUGCCCUAUGUCGAUCGCAACACCUGCAAACUCUCCAGCAGCUUCACCAUCACACAGAACAUGUUCUGUGCUGGCUAUGACGCCAAACUGGAGGAUGCCUGUCAAGGGGACAGUGGUGGCCCCCAUGUUACCCGGUUCAGAGACACCCACUUUGUGACUGGCAUUGUCAGCUGGGGAGAGGGGUGUGCGAGGAAGGGGAAGUAUGGUGUCUAUACAAAGGUCACAGCCUUCCUCAAGUGGAUUGACAAGUCCAUGAAAGCCAGGGUGGUGCCCACAUCUGAGAUCCCGAGGUCUACAAGUCCUCCCCAUUAA